GCGCGCCGGGCGGCAGGUGUCGGGAGCGUAGGCAUUCGGCGGCGAUGGAGCGGCCCCGGGGAGCUGCUGGCGACCUCUCGCGCUGCCCCCACGGUCUCAGCCUCCUCCUCCUCCUCCAGCUGCUGCCGCCGGCGACCCUCGGCCAGGACCGGCUGGACGCGCCGCCACCUCCCGCUGCGCCGCUGUCGCGCUGGUCCGGCCCCGUCGGGGUGAGCUGGGGGCUGCGCGCGGCCGCGCCCGGGGGCCCAGCUCCCCUCGGCGGCCGUUGGCGCCGCAGCGCGCUCGACGAGGAUGAGGACUGCGGCGGGGUCCGGGACUUCGUCGGCAGGCUGGCCAACAACACGCACCAGCAUGUGUUUGAUGAUCUCAGUGGCUCAGUAUCCUUGUCCUGGGUUGGAGAUACCACUGGGAUCAUUCUCGUCUUGACUACAUUCCAUGUACCACUGGUAAUUAUGACUUUCGGACAGUCCAAGCUAUAUCGAAGUGAGGACUAUGGAAAGAACUUUAAGGACAUUACAAAUCUCAUCAAUAACACCUUCAUUCGGACUGAAUUUGGCAUGGCUAUUGGUCCUGAGAACUCUGGGAAGGUGAUUUUAACAGCAGAGGUGUCGGGAGGAAGUCAUGGAGGAAGAAUCUUCAGAUCAUCAGAUUUUGCAAAGAACUUUGUUCAGACCAAUCUCCCUUUUCAUCCUCUGACUCAGAUGAUGUAUAGUCCUCAGAAUUCUGAUUAUCUUUUAGCUCUCAGCACUGAAAAUGGCCUGUGGGUGUCCAAGAAUUUUGGGGGAAAAUGGGAAGAAAUCCACAAAGCAGUAUGUUUGGCCAAAUGGGGAUCAGAAAACACCAUCUUCUUUACCACCUAUGUGAAUGGCUCCUGCAAAGCUGACCUUGGGGCACUGGAAUUACGGAGAACUUCAGAUUUGGGAAAAAGCUUCAAAACCAUUGGUGUGAAAAUCUACUCAUUUGGUCUUGGGGGACGUUUCCUUUUUGCCUCUGUGAUGGCUGAUAAGGAUACAACAAGAAGGAUUCAUGUGUCAACAGAUCAAGGCGACACAUGGAGCAUGGCCCAGCUCCCCUCUGUGGGGCAGGAACAAUUCUAUUCUAUUCUAGCAGCUAAUGAUGACAUGGUGUUCAUGCAUGUAGACGAACCUGGAGAUACCGGAUUUGGCACUAUAUUUACCUCGGACGAUCGAGGCAUUGUCUAUUCCAAGUCCUUGGACCGACAUCUCUACACAACCACAGGUGGCGAGACAGACUUUACCAACGUGACCUCCCUCCGUGGGGUCUACAUGACAAGUGUGCUCUCAGAAGAUAAUUCUAUCCAGACUAUGAUCACUUUUGACCAAGGAGGAAGGUGGAAGCACCUGAGGAAGCCUGAGAACAGUGAAUGUGACGCUACUGCAAAAAAUAAGAACGAGUGCAGCCUUCAUAUUCACGCUUCCUACAGCAUCUCCCAGAAACUAAACGUUCCAAUGGCCCCACUCUCAGAGCCUAAUGCUGUUGGCAUAGUCAUUGCCCACGGUAGCGUGGGGGAUGCCAUCUCAGUGAUGAUCCCAGAUGUGUACAUCUCAGAUGAUGGGGGUUACUCCUGGCUGAAGAUGCUGGAAGGACCUCACUAUUACACCAUCCUGGAUUCCGGAGGCAUCAUUGUAGCCAUCGAGCACAGCAGCCGUCCUAUCAAUGUGAUUAAGUUCUCCACAGACGAGGGUCAGUGCUGGCAAACCUACAUGUUUACCAGGGAGCCUAUCUACUUUACUGGCCUGGCUUCAGAACCUGGAGCUAAGUCUAUGAACAUCAGCAUCUGGGGUUUCACAGAAUCUUUCCUGACUCGCCAGUGGGUCUCCUACACCAUCGAUUUUAAAGAUAUCCUUGAAAGAAACUGUGAAGAGAAGGACUAUACCAUAUGGCUGGCUCACUCCACAGACCCUGGAGAUUAUGGAGAUGGCUGCAUUUUAGGCUACAAAGAACAGUACCUACGGCUACGCAAGUCAUCCGUCUGUCAGAAUGGUCGGGACUAUGUUGUGACCAAGCAACCGUCUGUCUGUCCCUGCUCCCUGGAGGACUUCCUCUGUGAUUUUGGCUACUUCCGUCCAGAAAAUGACUCCAAGUGUGUGGAACAGCCAGAACUGAAGGGCCACGACCUAGAGUUUUGUUUGUAUGGGAGAGAAGAGCACCUGACGACAAAUGGGUACCGGAAAAUUCCAGGAGACAGAUGCCAGGGCGGAGUGAAUCCUGUUCGAGAAGUGAAAGACUUGAAAAAGAAGUGCACAAGCAACUUUCUGAGUCCAGAAAAGCAGGACUCCCGCCCACAGGGACACAACUUGUCCCAGAAUCCAGCUCCGCCUCCUCUUGGAUACAUUGAAAACACACACACCCUAUCUCCCACCCAAAAGCAGAAUUCCAAGUCAAAUUCUGUUCCCAUUAUCCUGGCUACUGUGGGAUUGAUGCUGGUCACAGUCGUAGCAGGAGUGCUCAUUGUGAAGAAAUACGUCUGUGGGGGAAGGUUCCUGGUGCAUCGAUACUCUGUGCUCCAGCAACAUGCGGAGGCCAAUGGUGUGGAUGGUGUGGAUGCUUUGGACACAACCUCCCACACUCAUAAAAGUGGUUACCAUGAUGACUCAGAUGAGGACCUCCUGGAAUAGCUCCUCAAAGGAGCUGGGACUGAGCACAGAUGAUGGAACCGCAGUACCUCUUACACUCCCUGUGGCUCCGACUUGGGGAAAUAAAUUUCCCGUUGCGAGGGACCCAGCUCUGUUUCUGCUGCUUCCAUCAAAGCCAAAAGGACCUACACUAAAGAAGUGGGGGGUGGGGACCCUAAACACUCUUACAAUUGGCCCUGAGAAAAGAGGGAAAAUUUUUAAUUCUUUAACUUUUCAUUUCAAGUUCUGUCAUUUUGCAAGGUACGGGCCCUUUUCGGUUUUGUUUUUGUUUUUUAAGGGAAAUGAAAUGGAAUUGAAGGGAACUUUUCACUAACCCCACCGUUGCAUGUUUUGCAUGGCGCCUGCCCCAGGGCACCUGCCAGCUUCAGCAUCAACUCUCACAAAGCACUUGGUGCCGUCCCUGGGCUGUGCUGGCAACAUGAAGCAGCCGCAGGGAUGAGCACAGAGGCUGCUAUGACUGGCACAGCCUGGGCAGCCUUUCUCCAUCUGGGGACAGCCCCGCUCCAAGAACAUUGCACACCAACUCCUCACACAGAUCCCUGCUUUUUGUUGUUGUUGUUGUUGUUUUUUCAGGGACCAUAGGCCACAGUGAUUUUUCUUUUCCCCUGUUUAAUUAGGCAAUACCCUCAUUAAUUGCCCUUUGGCAACUAACUUACAUGUGCUUCCAAGACACUAAAUCAGGAAAACUUAAAAGGCAAUAUUUUUAACUUGGGGCAGGAAAAAGGGAGCAGCAGAGAAUUGACUAGAUUUAGCACCUAUUAAAGGAGGAACUCUUGCUUCUUCCGAGAUCUUUCAAGCCAUGCUUUGUGUGUGUGCCAGUGGACUUGCUCAAGGUCUGGGUUCAGGCUUGCCCGGGCUGUGUGCCCAGGCUGAGCGAGCUCUUUGCUGGAGUGGCUGGUGGCAUGGGCCGUGCAGCCCCUGAGGAUGGCACGUCACAGUCUUCUGCAUCCCCUCCUGCCUGCUGUGCUGGCUCCUUGGUGAAUCAUUAGAAUGGCUGCUUAUUUGCUUCCUCUUAGGUUGCUGCUCUGCAUGGAGCCAUGACUAGACAUGUUUUCAGAUUUAGGCUUUUUUUUAAAAA